AUCGCGAUAGUUGAAAACCUGGUCGCUACUGGCAGAGAUAGAAACAUAUCCUAAACAUUAUUCCCCAAUUUUACGGCUCACCUAAAAGAAAAAAUGUGAAAAACACUAUACUCUCUAAUCUUUAAUCUCUAAUAUUCUCGUCUAAUUGUACAGCGUGUCAGAAAUACCUCCCUCCCCCCAGGUCCAGCACUUUCCUGAACUCUUUUCAACGUGUUUCGGUGAACCUGUGCUGUUAAACGACCACUUCCAGAUUUUUCUCCGGGCAACAACAUGGACGUUGGCUCAGUGCAGGAAAAAUUGUCUGUUUCUCCUCUACAGGAAGAGUGGUCUGAGGUAUGUUGUGAUUCGUUAAGACACCUAAUUUGCUCGGUUUAUCUUAAAAAUGACGACGGUCACUAUGGUAACAUACAAACGCGUGCGCUUAACGUCAAACCUGUUCGUGCCGCUGUCGGUGGAAUUCAAAUUAAGUGGUGGGAAUGUCGGAUUUAACUUAAUUUAGCGUUAUUGCCUGUGGUUACAACGCAGUCUUUGAUUAAUAUGUAGUUGAGCUGUACUUAAGUUAACUCAUUACAUCUCCUUAAAUGAUAUUGACACAACUGGCAUAAUUCAAACGAAGAUUAACUUCAGUUAGUUUUAAUUUCCCAUAGUGGUGCCAUUCACUUCCAUCAGUGUAGCAGCUUUGUAAUGUUCAAUGUAAUAAAUUUGCUGCUCAUUCUCUACAUGAAGACUAACAAAUAAGUGUUUGAUAUGCAACAUUAUCUUUCAUGCCAAAUGUUGAAGGUUUUUUUUAAGGUUAGAGUAGUAUAUCCUUCUGAAUAUUGAAUUGGAUAUGGGUUGAAAUAUAACUGGAAAGACAAAUUAUUCUGCAAUGUGGGACCUUAAUCUUGAACAUAGUGGGUUUUAUAGCACCCACAUUUGUUUUUAGGUGGAAAUUUAAUGCAUUCUCAUAACCUAGAUUUUUACACAAAAUAAUUUGCUUGAGUUCCUCCUGUUUUCCCACAGUGUGUCAGGCUACUAGCAUGUUGCUUGUCAGACAGAGCACGAACGAAGACACUUUCACAGUUAAGAUAAAAACCAGUGGGACCAGCUGAAAUUUCAGUUUGAACUAGCUUCAGGUGGUGUCCUUUGAACUAUGCAAUAACAACAAUGGCUCCAAAGUCUGUCAGGAACUUUGCACAUGAUUUCCACCACUGUUGACACCCCUCCAAGCAUUGUGCAAACUCUUGGUGUCUUAGCCUCCAUUUUUGUUUAAAAAAAAAAUCCCACUAUUUGCACAAAUGCAUUUCUGGGUUCGCAGGGAUUUGAUCCGUCCUAUGGUCCAUUCGAGUCAAUCAUUACACAUAGGGUACACAGCUCUGGUUGGAGUGGUCAGAGUUUUGCUGCUGUGACUGCUGAGCUGUAUAACAGAAAAGAGGCUUCCACAGGAAUCCACAGGCUUUCUAACCCAACUAUUACCUUCACAGGUAGGGAGACACACAAGAAGGCACAGUUUCAGGGUAACGAAAUGGCUUUUAUCUAUGUAGGGAUUUGCAGAUUAUUCACACACCUUUGUCAUUCAGAUGUGUGUAGACUUUGUCCCGGUGGCUUUUUGAUCAGUUACAAGGCUUCAAAGCAACUUAUUUGAAGUAAGAGAAAAAAUUUGAAGUACUACUCAUGAGCAAGAAAUGCAUUGUCUGUUAGGUAUUAUUUAGUAUGUUUUAAUAACAGGUAACAUAAGCAGUAACCUCCAACCAAAACACGAACAGCUUGAUAUCUUAUCAUUUAUUGUAUGUAGAGCCCAAGCUUCCACUGUGUUAGUGUUCUGGCAUUCCACAUACAAUGAUCUCUCUGAUACUAUAACAUCUUGUGAACAGGUAAAAGUGGCCUUUGACCAGUCAACAUUUAUUGAAGGACUACUAGAGUUUCACCCCCUUCUCACUGAUAUUGGCACAUUUGGGACAUUUUGCCCUCUUAAAACUGUUAUUUGGCAAAUCUCUAAUCAACCUUUUUAUAUAUAUUUUUUAACCAUUCAGGCAGUUUCCUCUCAGACAACCUGAACUGCCCAUGGCCCGUGUUCUCACCCUGCUACGGCCCCAGCCCUUCCUGGCUCUCAUUGGCAGGAGGAAACCUAUGGUGUGCAAAAUGUCAAUGGACUCACGAGCGCGGCUUGUGUUUGCAGCUGCUGUGGAAGCUGUGCAACCGGACACCAUUAUCCGAAGAAGUAUAGAGCGAAAGGGAGACUCAGUCACCAUUGAUGGUCACAAUUUCACACUCAAACACAACCUGCACUUGGUGGGAUUUGGAAAAGCUGUAUUAGGUAUGGCUGCAGAAGCAGAGAGGCUUCUGGGGGAUCACAUAGUAAAAGGAGUAAUAAGCGUACCACAUGGGAUUCAGCACACUUUGCAGGAGCAUGGGAAAGGGUAAACAAAAGCCUCAGAAUGUAACCUAUCAAUGUAUUUUAAGAACACUAUUAAUAAGCAUAGUAAAAUAUUUCUUCUCCAUCACAGCCAUCUUUUGUUAAAAGGACACAGCCGCAUCAAAGUAAUGGAGGGAGCUAAGAACAACUUGCCUGAUGCUGAAGCCCAGAGCGCAGCUGAAGGGAUCAAGCAGAUGGCCAGUGAGCUGACAGAGAAAGACAUUCUGCUGGUUCUGAUUUCAGGUAAAUAUGUGUCCUCCCUUUUAUCUCUUCUUCUGAAAAAUGAAAUGUAACUCUUCCUUUUGGUGAAAAUGUGUUCAGGAGGAGGCUCUGCAUUGUUACCUGCUCCCAUCCCACCCAUCACAUUGGUGGAGAAAUUGGAUGUCACCCGCAAACUUGCAGCUGCUGGUGCCACCAUCCAAGAGCUGAACACUGUGCGACGUGCCCUUUCUUACCUAAAAGGUGGAGGGCUUGCACAUUUCGCUCACCCUGCCAAGGUAUCAUCAUUUUCAUUCAUCAGCUGUAAGUGCUUUAGAAUUAAUUUCAAAAUUAAACUUUGAACGUCACUCCUCUUUUGAAUUCCUCACAGGUAGUUUCACUGAUUCUGUCAGAUGUGAUCGGGGACCCUCUGGACUUGAUAGCCAGUGGCCCCACAGUUCGUAGCGAGGUGUGGCCUGAAGAAGUUCUGUCGGUGCUUGAACGUUACAAGAUGUUGAAUUCUCUACCUGCUUCAGUUAAGGAGGUCCUCGGGAGACCAGGUCCCCGCUGGAAGGUGACAAAGGAGGACGACGCUGAAUCAGGACAUGUUCACAAUGUUGUUAUUGGGUCCAACAGCAUGGCCCUCAUGUGCGCAGGUCGCCGUGCACGGGAGCUUGGUUUCCGCCCUGUUGUGGUGGCACCAGGAGUGUGUGGUGAUGUAAGGUUGGUGUCCAGACUAUAUGGCCUCCUGGCCCGCUUCGCCUGCGCUCGAGAGGAGCCUCCUUCAGAGAUAGCUGCUGAGAUGCUGAGUCUCGGGCCUGAAGUUGGCGUGGAGAGCUGGGACCUCUGCCGCACCAUGCAGGUGUUAGAUGAGGGGCGUACAGAAGGUUGGGGGGCCACUUGUUUGUUAGCUGGAGGUGAGCCCACUGUAGAGCUGACAGGUAUGGGUCGAGGUGGAAGAAACCAGGAGCUGGCGAUGAGAGUUGGACUGGAGCUGAGAGACCUGGGAGUCCCACCUAAUGGUCCUGUUUUUCUGAGUGGUGGAACUGAUGGUCAGGAUGGACCUACAGAGGCAGCAGGGGCUGUCACUGAUGGGGGGUUGUAUGAAGAAGCAGAAGCACAGGGGCUGCACUUGGAGACUUUCCUCACUAACAAUGAUUCUUACACUUUCUUUUCAAGUCUUUCUGCCGGGCAGCGCUUACUUGUACCUGGUCUGACCUGCACAAAUGUGAUGGAUGUGCACAUGCUCCUGAUUCCCCCAGUUCCUAUUAAUAUAAGAUAAUUUAAUUGCACAAUAAAUCCAGUGGAUCUGGAUAAAGAACUCUGUUUGAAUGACUUGGCAUUUCGAUAACUGCAUUAUCAAUUUGUACAGACAUUUUUGGCAGAACAUUAAAAAAUCCUAAUUGCUUAACUUUAUUAUCUCUUUCAAAACCCAGCUCUAGCGGCCAGAAAUGCUGGUAAAAUCGGUACUUUCAAGCACAAAAUGUUUAAUUUUAAUGAGCUGCCUGCACAAAAUGGUCAUUUCAUCUUUCAACUUAGGUACAGAUCUCUUCAAGCACUUCAGGCUACCCAAGAUGCACACUGUAAAUACACCAUGCAGUAUUUUGUUUGUGCUUGAGAUUUGUCUUCACCAUUAAACCUUAACCUUAAAAUAAGCCUGGCUCUGCUAAAAAUUAUAUUACAACAAAUCACACCACACCAGAAUAAAGUCAGAUCUCAAAAAUAAAACUUGAUUCAUAAAUAUUAUAUUUGUACUUAAUUCUGAUCACUUUUUUUUCCAUUUGAUGAAAAGGUUUGUGUCAAAGGGGAUUUACUAUUUAAGAUGAGCACCUUGAGAUUGACAUGUCAUGAGAAACACUGGUAAAUUGAAAUCAAGCGGGCAAAA